AUGACAGAGAUUCAGAAGAACCUCGUUGCCUCAAACGAAAAAUAUGCCUCAAACUUCGACAAGGGACAUCUCGCGCUUCCCCCAGCGAAGAAGUAUCUCAUUCUAACAUGUAUGGACGCCCGUAUYGAUCCCGCCGCAGCCUUUGGAAUAGAAUUAGGUGACGCUCACGUCAUUCGAAACGCUGGCGGCAAUGCGAAAGACGGCCUUCGAUCGGUGCUGAUUUCGCAACAUCUGCUCGGGACUCGCGAGAUCAUCUUGAUCAAGCAUACGGGCUGUGGAAUGCUCACUUUCGCCAACGCGGAUGCGCUGAAGGUCGUCGCUGGCAACGUUGGCGCUGGAGUUCUUGCUAGCACAUUUGAUUUUCAGCCUUUCCCUGAUUUAGAGCAGGCUGUCAGGGAUGAUGUGGAAUGGUUGAAGAAACACAGUGCUUUGCCCCAGCCAGUGACAGUAUCUGGAUGGGUGUAUGAAGUCGAGACUGGCAAGACGAAGCAGAUUGUGUAG